AUGUCUCUCCUCGUGAAAGCGGUGAAAGCGGCGAAUCUCCCCGACAUCGAGACGUUCGGCAAGAUCGACCCCUACGUCGAGGUCGACUUCCAAGGUCAGUCCGGCCGACCUCCUCCCGGUCGCUCGCGGAAGGGCAAUUCGUGCGGGAACCGGUUCCGCCGGGAGAAGAAGAAGACGACGGUGAAGAAGCAGACCUGCGACCCGGAAUGGGGCGAGGACGUGGAGUUCGACCUGGGGGGGAAGCCCCCGCCGCCGGAGGCCUGCCUGGACGUCUACGUCAAGGACUACGAGAAGAUCGGCAGAAACCGGUAG